UGGUCCUCUGAUACGUUUCAGAAUGCCACUGGUAAAAAGGAACAUAGACCCCAGGCACCUGUGCCACACAGCUCUGCCCCGAGGUGUCAAGAAUGAAUUGGAAUGCGUCACCAAUAUUUCCUUGGCAAAUAUAAUCAGACAACUAAGUAGCCUAAGUAAAUACGCUGAAGAUAUAUUUGGUGAACUUUUCAAUGAAGCACACAGUUUCUCAUUUAGAGUUAACUCCUUACAAGAACGUGUAGAUCGCUUAUCUGUCAGUGUUACACAACUCGAUCCAAAGGAAGAGGAAUUGUCACUGCAGGACAUUACAAUGAGGAAAGCUUUCCGGAGUUCCACUAUUCAAGAUCAGCAGCUGUUUGACCGCAAAACUCUGCCUAUUCCUUUGCAAGAAACUUAUGACAUUUGUGAACAGCCUCCUCCACUUAACAUUCUCACCCCUUACAGGGAUGAUGGAAAAGAGGGUUUGAAGUUUUAUACCAAUCCUUCAUACUUCUUUGAUCUGUGGAAGGAAAAAAUGUUGCAGGACACUGAGGACAAAAGGAAAGAAAAGAGGAAGCAGAAGCAGAAAAAUCUAGAUCGCCCUCAUGAACCAGAAAAAGUGCCAAGGGCACCUCACGACAGACGGAGAGAGUGGCAGAAGUUAGCCCAAGGUCCGGAGCUAGCAGAAGAUGACGCUAACCUCUUACAUAAGCACAUUGAAGUUGCUAAUGGCCCAGCUUCACAUUUUGAAUCAAGAUCUCAAGCAUACGUGGACCAUAUGGAUGGGUCAUAUUCGCUUUCUGCAUUGCCCUAUAGCCAGAUGUCUGAACUUCUGAACAGAGCCGAGGAGCGAGUGUUGGUCAGACCACAUGAACCACCACCGCCACCUCCGAUGCAUGGAGCAGGAGAUGUGAAACCUGCACCUCCGUGUGUUAGUUCUACUACUGGCUUGGUAGAAAAUCGUCCUCAGUCACCAGCAACAGGCAGAACACCAGUGUUUGUGAGCCCCACUCCUCCUCCGCCACCACCACCACCUCUUCCAUCUGCUUUGUUGCAGGCCCCGGCUGUGCCACCUCCACCAGCUCCUCUCCAGAUAGCUCCUGGAGUCCUACAUCCAGCUCCACCUCCCAUUGCUCCUCCCCUAGCACAGCCCUCUCCUCCUGUCACUAGAGCUGCCCAAGUGUGCGAAGCUGUACCAGUUCACCCAGUUCCUCCACAAGCUGAAGUACAGGGUCUUCCUCCACCACCCCCGCCUCCUCCCUUGCCCCCUCCUGGCAUCCGACCCUCCUCUCCUGUCACAGUUGCAGCCCUUUCUCACCCUCCUGUUCUGCACCCUCCUCCCACAACCAUUGUCCCCAGCCCUCACGCCCCCCUAAUGCCUCCGUCUCCACCAUCCCAAGUGAUUCCUGCUCCUGAACCCAAACGCCAUCCAUCAACUCUUCCUGUCAUCAGCGAUGCUAGAAGCGUUCUGCUGGAAGCAAUACGGAAAGGUAUUCAGCUACGCAAAGUUGAAGAGCAACGUGAACAAGAAGCUAAACACGAGCGCAUUGAGAAUGAUGUUGCUACUAUACUUUCUCGUCGCAUUGCUGUGGAAUACAGUGAUUCAGAAGAUGAUUCAGAAUUUGAUGAAGUGGAUUGGUUAGAGUAAAAUCACUACAUUGCUGUACACUGCAAAAUCGAAUGCUAAUGUCCGUUGUGGUGCUUGUUCUUUGAAAGUUUGAUGGUCAUUUCUAGUGUUUUUUGUAUUCUUUUCUUUAUAUAAUUAAUCCACGUUUUUCUACUUUUCAGUUUACAAAAAGCUCCUAGUGCAUCUUUAACCUAAAUGUUUUACGGUGGCUUUUCUUACACAUCUUUUUUGAAAGAACAUACUUUGUUCCAAUAGACCACUAAGUAUUAAGCAUGGGCAGCUGUUGGUAGAGUAGCAGUUUCGAUUUUUUGGCAUAUCUUAACUGUGCACUUUGUGAAUUUUAAGUUAAUGAAGGCAACUGAGAUUGACAUUCCAAGGGCAGCUGUAUGUACUAAUGAGCCUUAUUCCACUUCUGAUAGUGUUUUAAAACAUUAAACCUAGCUAUCAAGAUGUCACUGCCUCGAUUACGUCUGUACGCUACAAGUACAUAUAGUUAGCAGCACUGAACACACUGAAAGGAAAAUGGAUCGUUGGGGGGUUUUAUUAUCGUUUUGUUGUUGUUUUUAAAUAAUUAUGGCCUUAUUUGAAUGUUUAGAGAUUCCCCUUCCCUUCUUCCCUCCCAGGUACAUAUUGUGUGGUACUAUUUUUGCCUGCAUAAUAAAAGUUUAAAUUUUUUUUUUCCUUGUGAAAUCUUUUGACUUAAACAUGCUGUGUAACUUAUGUAACUGUUAAAAUAACAGUUUGAUUUAAUAAAUGGUUCAUUUUAAGCGUU